AUGUGUGUCGCGCGCGACGACAAACACAAGCACGUGCGCGGCGAGCGACCGCGUGACGUCAAAGCCCGCCCCCCCGGGUGCGACGAGGACGGCUAUACUCGCGGAGCGGCAACGUCGCGGACUGUUUUGUUUUUACGUGUAAGGCCGGCGAUAGGCCGAGUUUAUCUUCCGAUUGCGAAUGCAACAUCUAUUUGCGGGCGAUUCUCGCGCCUGCAGCUUCGCUAUUUUAUCGCUUUAACGCCGUUCCGCUACUGUUGCCGUGUCACUGUCGUCCCGAACUUGGAUGGCGGUGCAGCCCAAUGGGGCGAAGGCGACCAGGGCUCGUGGGAGAGCGGGCUCUCGUACGAGUGCCGCUCCCUCCUCUUCAAGGCGCUGCAUAAUCUCAUCGAAAGAUGCUUGUUAUCGCGGGACUUUGUGAGGCUUGGGAAGUGGUUCGUCCAACCUUACGAUGGCGACGAAGAGGACGUUGGCAAGAGCCCGUGGCACCUGUCUUUCUCGUUCGCUUUCUUCCUGCACGGCGAGAGCACCGUGUGCGCGUCGGUGGACGUGCGCCAGCACCCGCCCGUGCGCACGCUCACCGCCAAGCGGCUGGCGCGCCUCAACGCGACGGACGCGCGCGCCGCACGGGACGGCGGCGAGCGCGCCAACGUGAUCCUGGCGCCGUUCGGCCUGGAGGGGCGGGUGACGGGGCGCGAGUGGGGCGACGGGGACGCCGCCACGGCGCGCCUCCUGGACGCCUGGCGGCAGCUCUACCCGCUGGAGCACGGCUGCCGCGCGGUUGAGGUGGAGUGCGGCGGCGUGCGCAUGCGCUACCCGGUGCCGUACGCGCUGCUGACGGAGAUGGAGGCGGGAGGGGGCGCGGGGGCGGCGGGCGGCGCGGGCGCGCCCCACGCGCUGCCGCAGCGCGCGCUCCGCUCGCUCACCACGCCGCGCCCGCACCAGGCGGCGGAGCUGUGCUACGGCGAGCAGUGCGGCGACAAGUGCGAGGACUUCCUGGAGCCGACGCGCAAGGCUCUCUGCACCUGCGCCAAGUGGCGGCGGCGGCGCGCCCCCCGCCCGCCGCCCUUCCACCGGCGCGCCCCCCGCGCGGCGCGCGCGCCCGCCACCGCCCCCCCCCCCCCCCCCCCCCCCGCCCGCCCCCCCCCCCCCCCCGCCCCGCGCACCCCGCGCGAACCCCGCACGGCGUCCGGCGGCGGCUGCUCGCCGGGCAGCUGUGGCGGCGCGUCGCCGGCGCCCGCCGUCUCGGCGCCCCCCUCGGCCGGCGCGCCGCCCCCCUCGCCGCACCACACCGCGCUGCCGCCCCACCAGGCGGGUGGCGCGGUGCCGACGACGCUGCACACGCCGGCGCCGACGCCCGACCCGCACGCGCCCCCCACCCCCGCGCCCCCCUCCGCGCCGCCGCACAAGCACUACGCGCAGGUACACCCGGCCCACUGCAAUGUUACACGGCUGGAGCACCCCGUGAAGCGGUUCAAGGCGGAGGCGCGCGAGUGGAGCGAGGAGCUGGCGCUGUGUGGGGGUGCGGCCCACGGCGCCGUCGACUUGUACGCCGGCGCGGCCCACUCGCCGCCGCCCGCGCCGCGCCCGCUGCUCGCCGACCUCAAGCAGGAGCGCCACGACGACGACUCCAAGGAGUACAAGAACCUGUUCACGUCCGACGGCCUGUGCCCCACGCUGAAGGACCUCGACCAGAUAUUCGACAACUCGGACGACGCGGCGAGCGGCGACGAAACGCUGGCGGCGGCGGCGGGCGGCGAGGCGGGCCGCUGCGAGGAGGCGCGCUGCGGCGGCCGUUGCGUGCGCGCCGAGGAGCUGAGCAAGAUGUUCCCCACGCCGCCCAGCAUGGAGGCGCACGCGCAGCCCUCGCCCGGCUUCUCGCUGCCCGACGACGCCACGCCGCAGCCGCACCGCCAUCUGCUGCCCGGCUCGCCGCCGCCGGACCCCAUCGAGGACUGGUCGUACGUGUUCAAGGCGCCGACGGUGUGCAAAUACGUGGGCUCGUCGAAAUACUCGCCGCUGACGGCGCUGCCCAGCCAGCUGCUGCCAAGCGUUGCGCUGCCGCCGCACGCCGUGUACCUGCCGCGUUGGCAGCUCGACUCCAAGCGGGAACCCGACCCCGAUGCCGAUACGCAACGUAACGGCUCGACCAAUAGUACAAACAGCGGCAGCAGCGGCGGCGGCGUGAAGAGGCCCGCGUCGCCGAGCGUGGAGGCGCGGGCGCCGAGCGCGCCGGGCUCGGUGGCGCCAAGAGCGGCCGCGGAGGCGGGCGCGCCGAGCGCAGCCUCCGCGGCGGCCCCCUCGCCGCGCCGCAGCCCGCUCACGCCCGCAUCCGCCCCCGCCCCCGCGCCCGCGCCCGCGCCCGCCUCCGCGCUCGCGCCCGCCGCCUCGCCACAGCCGCCCUCCGCCGCCUGUCCGCUGCUCCUCAACGUGCUGCUGGCGGACACCGUGCUCAACGUCUUCCGCGACCACAACUUCGACAGCUGCACGCUGUGCGUCUGCGACACUGAAACGUCGGUGGGCAACAUCCGCGGCGCCGACGCGGUCACGUACCUGACGCACGGCGAGCAGGCGCCCGGCGACCACGAGAGCGUGCGCUGCUCCUGCGGCUUCAGCGCCAUCGUCAACCGCCGCCUGGCGCACCGCGCCGGACUCUUCUACGAGGACGAGAUGGAGAUCACGGGCCUGGCGGAGGAGCCGGGCGGGCGCGGGCGGGGCGGCGUGCGCGGCGCGUCGCUGGCGGACGUGGCGGGCGUGCUGGCCGCGCAGUGCGCCGCGCCCGCCGGCGGGCCCGCCUCGGCGCUGGCGCGCGCCGCCGCCGCCACGCCGCCCGCGCACGACCACCUGCGCCUCAACCUGCUCGAGUACAGCGACGGAGGCGCUGCGGCCGCGUGCGCGCUCCGCGAGGCGGCAGUGGGCCCCCCUCCCGCGCCCCCUGCCCCGCCCGCUCUUCCCCCCGCGCCCGCGCCCGCUCCCGCCGCCCCCUCUGCCGUGCACCGGUGGCCCUUCAUUGGGGCACGGGCGCCGCGAUCAUCGCGCGAUGUCGUCAGAUUAAUGCGCCGCCUUCGACCUCUGCUGCAAGAUGCCAUCCAGAAACGGUGUUGUGGAGCGCGGAUGUGGGACGGCGUCACCGGCCCGCUCACUUGGCGACAGUUCCAUCGCCUGGCGGGACGAGGCAACGAGGACCUGUGCGAGCCGCAGCCGGUGCCGCCGCUGCUGGUGGGCCACGACCGCGACUGGAUCUCGUUGUCCCCGUACGCCCUGCGCCACUGGGAGAGGCUCUCCCUGGAGCCGUACUCGUACGCCCGGGACGUGGCGUACGUGGCGCUCGCGGCGGAGGGCGAGGCGCUCACCGAUCCGCUGCGCGCUUUCUUUCGCGAGCUCUCGACCGCUUACGAGGCGUGCCGGCUGGGCAGGCAUCAGCCGAUCGCGAGGAUAGCGCGGGACGGGAUCGUCCGGACGUCGCCGGCCGAGCGCUGCGAUUCGGACGAAUGGGCCGGGGAGCUGCCCCCGGGCCGGCUCGGCGAGUACAUCCGCGCCUACGCGGAGACGUUGCGCGAGCUGGUGUCGCAGCUGUCGCCGCUCGGCAUCGACCGCGCGCUGUUCGAGGGCGAGCGGCCGACGGGCAUGCGGCCGCCGGCGGCGCCCGAGCAGCCGCCCACGCCGGGCGCGCCGCCCGCCGCCGGCGAGCUCGAGGCGGAGGCGGGCGCGCCCGGCGCCGCGCACGCGCCCUGGGAGGAGGACGAGGCGGGCCCGCCCGCCCUCGUCAUCUACCUCGUGGAGCCGCCCGCCGCGCACGCGCACCACGCGCACGCCCUGCACGCGCUGCUGCGCCUCGCCGCCCAGGCGCACCACCACCUGCACCACCACAACCCCUUCAUCAAGAUCGUUUCUCUCGACGGCGUGUACGAACUGUGGGGCGGCCGUGGCGGCUGCGGCGUGGAGCUGCGCACGCUGGCCUUCAGCGUGUUCAGCGGCGCCCGGCGACUGCUGCAGCACCAGCCCAACGGGAAAUCGCUCACCGGCUUUGGCACCGCGGCCAACGCCAACCUGUUCCUCAAUUCCAAAGACGAGAAGAACCGCGCGCCGUACCGGCUGUUCUCGCCGGCGUGGGUGCUGGCGCCGCCGCGCGCGCUCAAGGAGGUGGCCGAGACGUGGGGCCAGGCGUGCGGCGAGCAGUGCUCCGUGCUCUUCGUGGCCUACUGCCUGUCGCACGACCAGCGCUGGCUGCUGGCGGCCGCCACCGACGCGCGCGGCGAGCUGCUCGACACCGCCGCCAUCAACAUCCACGUGCCCGCGAGGUCUCGAAGGAGGCGGUCGGCACCGGCGCGACGGCUCGGUCUCACCAAGCUGAUGGACUUCACGUUGGGCGUCAUGUCGCAGGCCGCGCAGCCCUGGCGGCUGGUCGUCGGACGCGUUGGUCGCAUCGGUCACGGCGAACUCAAAGGCUGGAGCUACCUGCUGUCGCGCAAGAACCUGGUGCGCGCGUCGGGCGUGCUGCGCGAGAUCUGCGGCAGCUGCUCGGCGCUGUACCCGGGCGGCGCGCCGUGCGUGCUCUCCGCCUGCCUGGUCUCCACCGAGCCUGACCCCUGCCUGCGCCUCAUGGCCGACCGCUUCACGCCCGACGAGCGCUUCUCGCAGGCCUCCAUCCAGUCGCACCUGCACACGCCGCGCGACGUCACCGCCACGCACAUCCUCGUCUUCCCCACCUCCGCCACCACCCAGUCGAACCAGAUGCCGUUCGAGCCGCCGAUGGCGAACGGCGAGGACAACGACAUCAUGUUCCUGGGCGUGGACAUGGGCGACGAGGACAUCGGCGAGGACAACAUGGCCGACCUGCUGAUCGGCGACAUGUUCAACCACAUGUGGGCGCAGAGCAGCCCGCGCGCCUCGCCGCGCCGCCACGACGACGACGCCGCCGGCAGCCGCGACGGCAGCCCCGCGCGCCACGCCGCGCUCCACGCCGCCGGCGGCUACCACCACGCCGACGACCACCAGCCGGAGCAGAUCGGCACGAUGCUGCAGCAGCCGCUGGCGCUCGGGUACCUGGUGUCGACGGCGCCGCUGGGCGCGAUGCCGGCCUGGUGGUGGGCGGGCUGCGCCCACCUGCGCGACGCCUGCCCCGCCUUCCUCAAGAACGCCCUCCACCUGCACUCGGGCAGCGCGCAGACCUCGGACGACUUCACGUCGCUCACGCAGCGUCGAGACAACAACUCGCACCCGCUCGACUCACAAACCACCACCGAUGUGCUCAGGUAUGUGCUGGAGGGUUACAAUGCGCUGUCGUGGCUGGCACUGGACGGGACUACUCACGACCGCCGCUCCUGCCUACCGCUCCACGUGCAGGCGUUAAUGCAGCUCUACCACACGGCCGCAGCGCUCGGC